GAGUGGCGGGGAGACGUAGACCGUCUGAGACCUCCAGCUGCCAAGAGACCGCAGCGAGAGAAAGACGGUCAAACCACGGAGCCAGCAGCGCGCACACAGCAGGGCGCACGAGGGAAGAAGGGGCCAGAGCUCUGCACGGAAGAAGAGGAGAGGGUGAUCAGCAGGGAACUGCGAGCCCUGGAGGAGGAGGAAUGCAGACAACAGUAUGAGGCAAUGCAAGCGGAGGAAGCUGAUAGAGACAACGACCUGUAUGAGGCGAUGGAAGAGCAGCUUGCGAUCGAGGCCUAUGAGGACUACCAGAGACAACAGCUGCAGCGUGGUGGAGACACGGGAGCAGCAACGGCCCUAGAUGAGGAGAAUAGUCAGGAGGAAGAGGCGACAGAAGGCAGCGGGGCGCGGCACAGUGGCUGA